GAUAAGAUCUCACUUAGAGUUGAUCGGAAGGUAAACAUUUCUGUGCUACGGAAUUUUGCUAGAGCUUGUCUCGUUACUCUAUGUAUCUGCAUUUUAUCUUUGUAUUGGAAAAUAUUAGUUGAAGUAAAUUUCUCAGUCGGAGCAAAAAUCUGGGUUUGGGCGGACGUGCUAUCGGCGCAAUCUAAAUUGGAGUGGAGUCAAGUCGAAAUUGGGUUGAAAUUGCAGUUCCAUCCCAAUUAGAUAAACUCCAAUAAACGUAAGAGGAAAUUUAUAUGUCAAGUUGUCGCAAAGCUCCAACUACAGUUUCUGUUGCAUUUACUUCAUUGUGAAUGCAAAGUGUUGGCAUAGAUAUGAAUACUGCAAGCUAAAUGAACAUUGUGGAUGGAGGAACCACGAAGAAACGGAAGAAAAACAUGGCUUGUUCUAUAUCCAUUCUUACUAUAUAGCUUCUUAACAGUUUGUAUAAAAUGAAACAAUCUUCAUGACUAUCAAUUAUAAACAAAGGGAAUAGGGAGUACAUACGCAAUUUCUGUAUAUAGUAAACUACUCGUUCUAAAUGUGUUUGUUUUCCCAACAUAUUUAAAAUUGACCUAAAGAAGACCACAGCCACAAACUCGUCGUCGUGUUUUAACAGAAAGUUUGUCAGAUCUUCUGAAACACGCUUUAGCUUUUAACCAGUGAUCUCAGAAAUAGAGAAAAAUAUCGUCAGCUCUCCCAUUGCUUCUGGUGCAGACUGCUGGGAAAUAAAAGAAUACCAAAUAAUAAUUCAAGAAUUCGGAAAAACAAAAAAAGAAGCAGCACUUGCAGGAAAAUGGCGAUGGUUUCUAGCUUCUCGACGUCGCGAAAGAUGCCGCAAGUUUUCUGCAGAAAAAAGGAGAAAGACAGAGGGGGUCAAAGCAAUUAUCCUUAUAAAGUGAUUGAAAUCACUCCUCCGCCCAAGAAUCUCGGAAUUCGCUGCUUUCCAUCUAACCUGCAAUGUGGUGAGAGUGUGAUGAUAGAAGGCCAAACUUAUACUAUUUCAGCUGUAACUCAUCGUUAUCAGCUCAGGAAAGGAAAAUAUGAGCCUAGUGAGAAAAGGCUUGAUGUAUUGUCGACAGGAAGGUAUAUAUUAAACUUGUAUUUAGAAAGUUUGCUGGAACAAUCUUGAUUUUGACCUUCAUUUGAGAUGGUUAUGUACAUGGAGGAAGACUGUGAAUUCUUAUUUAAUAUCGAUGAGUUGCUCUGUUAUCA